UCUCCGGAAGUGCCGGGCUAGCCGAGCGAGUAGCGGCUCCCUCGAGCCCUGUACCGGGAGGGUUGCUGUUCUGGGGUCCUGGUGACAGACAGACCACGAACAGGGUUGGAGACGGCGUCGGGGGGGCUGAGCGGCGGGAUGAUGGAGGAGGAGGAACUGGAGUUUGUGGAGGAGCUGGAGGCUGUGCUGCAGCUCACGCCAGAGGUGCAACUAGCCAUCGAGCAGGUAUUCCCAAGCCAGGAUCCUCUUGAUCAAGCUGACUUCAAUGCUGUUGAGUAUAUCAAUACUCUGUUCCCCACAGAGCAAUCUCUGGCAAACAUUGACGAUGUUGUGAACAAAAUUAGACUGAAAAUAAGGAGACUGGAUGAUAAUAUCCGGACUGUCGUAAGAGGUCAGACAAAUGUGGGGCAGGAUGGAAGGCAAGCACUUGAAGAGGCCCAGAAAGCCAUUCAGCAACUCUUUGGCAAAAUCAAGGAUAUCAAAGACAAAGCAGAAAAGUCAGAACAAAUGGUGAAAGAGAUCACCCGAGAUAUUAAGCAGUUAGAUCAUGCCAAGCGCCACCUGACCACCUCAAUCACGACACUGAACCACCUGCACAUGCUGGCAGGCGGGGUGGACUCCCUGGAAGCCAUGACCAGGCGCAGACAGUAUGGAGAAGUUGCUAAUCUCCUUCAGGGUGUAAUGAAUGUUCUGGAACACUUUCACAAGUACAUGGGAAUCCCACAGAUCCGACAGCUUUCUGAAAGGGUGAAGGCUGCGCAGACAGAGUUAGGACAGCAAAUCCUGGCUGAUUUUGAAGAAGCAUUUCCUUCUCAGGGUACCAAGAGGCCGGGAGGACCCAGCAAUGUCCUGAGAGAUGCGUGCCUGGUGGCUAAUAUUUUGGACCCCAGAAUCAAACAAGAAAUCAUCAAAAAGUUUAUUAAACAGCAUCUAUCAGAGUAUCUAGUACUUUUUCAAGAAAACCAAGAUGUCGCCUGGCUGGACAAAAUUGACAGACGUUAUGCCUGGGUAAAACGUCAGCUUGUGGACUAUGAAGAGAAGUAUGGCCGGAUGUUUCCUCGGGAAUGGUGCAUGACAGAGAGGAUCUCAGUAGAAUUUUGCCAUGUGACGAGGACAGAACUUUCCAAAAUCAUGCGAGCCAGAGCUAAGGAAAUUGAGGUGAAAUUGCUUCUUUUUGCGAUUCAGAGAACAACUAACUUUGAGGGGUUUCUUGCAAAACGCUUCUCCGGUUGCACCUUGACAGAUGGAACCCUGAAAAAGCUGGAGUCCCCACCACCAUCUACCAAUCCCUUCCUGGAAGACGAGACGACACCAGAGAUGGAGGAGCUGGCUUUGGAGAAAGGAGAGUUAGAGCAGCCAAAGAAGCCCAAAGCCCCAGACAAUCCGUUUCAUGGCAUUGUUUCCAAGUGUUUUGAGCCUCAUCUCUACGUGUACAUUGAGUCCCAGGACAAAAACCUCAGCGAGCUGAUAGACCGGUUUGUGGCAGAUUUCAAAGCCCAGGGUCCACCCAAGCCCAACACUGACGAAGGGGGUGCUGUGCUCCCCAGCUGUGCCGACCUCUUUGUCUACUACAAGAAGUGCAUGGUUCAGUGCUCACAGCUCAGCACGGGCGAGCCCAUGAUCGCCCUGACUACCAUCUUCCAGAAGUACCUCCGAGAAUACGCCUGGAAAAUCCUCUCUGGCAACCUGCCUAAAACCAGCAGCAGCAGUGGGGGGCUGACCAUCAGCAGCCUCCUCAAAGAGAAGGAAGGCUCAGAAGUGGCCAGGUUCACUCUGGAGGAGCUAUGUCUCAUCUGCAGCAUCCUGAGCACAGCCGAGUACUGUCUGGCUACCACCCAGCAGCUAGAAGAAAAACUCAAAGAAAAAGUUGAUGUGAGUCUGACUGAACGAAUUAAUCUCACAGGAGAAAUGGACACAUUCAGCACUGUCAUCUCCAGCAGCAUCCAGCUGUUGGUUCAGGAUCUGGAUGCAGCCUGUGACCCUGCCCUGAUUGCCAUGAGCAAGAUGCCAUGGCAGAACGUGGAGCAUGUUGGUGACCAGAGCCCUUAUGUCACUUCUGUUAUUCUUCAUAUUAAGCAGAACGUCCCCAUCAUCCGUGACAACCUAGCUUCCACACGGAAAUACUUCACACAGUUUUGCAUUAAAUUUGCAAAUUCGUUCAUUCCCAAAUUCAUCACCCACCUCUUCAAGUGUAAGCCGAUCAGCAUGGUGGGAGCAGAGCAGCUUCUGCUGGACACCCACUCCCUGAAGAUGGUCCUGCUCGACCUCCCAUCCAUUGGCUCCCAGGUGGUAAGGAAGGCCCCUGCCAGUUACACUAAGAUUGUUGUGAAAGGCAUGACCCGGGCUGAAAUGAUCCUCAAGGUAGUGAUGGCCCCUCAUGAACCAUUGGUAGUAUUUGUUGACAACUACAUCAAACUCCUUACGGACUGCAACACAGAAACCUUCCAGAAAAUACUGGAUAUGAAGGGGCUGAAAAGGAGUGAGCAGAGCAGCAUGCUGGAACUUUUGCGGCAGAGGCUUCCUGCCCCACCUUCAGGGACAGAAAGUUCCAGCACACUGUCCCUGAUGGCCCCGACACCAGAGCAGGAAUCAUCACGCAUCCGCAAACUUGAGAAACUGAUUAAAAAGAGACUGUAAGGAACAUGCAGACAUUGCCAGGGUCCCCGAGCAACUGAUUUCUGGAAACCCUCACCCUCGUGACUCCAGGUCCUAAAUCCUGAAGCCUCUGAGGACAUUACGGUUAUUAAAGUAUCUCUCCCAUAACAUGUCCUAUUUUCUAUCUCAGUCAGGGAAGCUUGGUAGUCUGGGUUAUAAAAAGGCUGUUUUAGAUUAUCUCCAUCCCUGAAGCUGGGGCAGCAGUGGCUGAAAGGUUCCUGUGCUUCACCUGCUGUCUCCAGGCUGCCUUGUGAUGGUUGAAUUGACACUAACCCAUGUCAUCUCCCCACACAGCCCUCACCACCAGCCAGGAGCCUACAGCUUGGCUGAGGAAGCCUGGAUCUCACCCCUUCCUCCCUCUCCAUUUGAGGUCCUUUACCUCCUUGUCUCUGGAAUUGGCUUGGGAGCCUGAGUGAGCCGAGUGGCCAAUGGCAGAGUGGGAUAUUGGCCUCUUUACCAAUUCUCUGCCAGUAUUAGCACUUUUCCGUGUAAACAGCUGUUUCUGGGCCUUAAUCUGCUGUCUUCCAUGACAUGGCCAAAUUACCUGUUUUCUCUGUACUCUAUGAAGAGAGAUGCCCACUAUAUCUCUUGCCCACGGAGGAGACAGACUGAGUGGAUGCUGGUGUGUGUGCCCAGCCUGGGCAGCAGGGAUCUUGCCUAUGGUGAGCCCUUGAGCGGGUGUGGAGGCAUACCCUGAGCUGACUUAGAAGCAGGGUCUUCGUGGCACUCUCCCUGUUCACAUGAACACUUGUCUAGCCCACUUCAUUUUACUACUGGAUCGUAGGAAGGAGGCUGUCUGUUGAUAGAGACACCAGGAAGUUCCUUUGGAAGGGCUUUCUUGGCAGAAGCUGUGGGAAGGAAAACACAGUAAGUCUGACCAUCUGCCUUCCCACUUGCUCAUGUGUUUCAAAUCCAGAGUACUUCCAGAGUCCCUGAAACAUGGUGGCCCCAUGUAGCGGCACGUCAUUAAGACUGCUGAGAAAACCACUUAGGAACCUGAUACGGACCUUGCACAAAGGCUCAGAACCGGAAACACAGACCCCAGAGCACAGCCCAGCACUGUUCUGCCCAUGAUGCCCACCACCAGCUCUUCCAGGGGAGUCACCCCACUUCCAGGGAAUGUACACCUUACCAGUGCAGAUGUCACCCUGUUCUCUUGGUUCACCUGAAACCAAGACUCUGUUACACGACCACAACCUCAGUGUGACCACCUUUACUGACAGCUUUUGUUCUGGUACUAAGCUUGUUAGCCAUUAGAACAGUAAGAGCUGGGCCCUUGACUUGAUCCCAGAUACCAGACCCACUUGUCAAGCACUUUCGCCACAGCAGGAAGGCUCAUCUGGUUAUCUCUAUCAGAGUGUCCAGCUCUGAUCCUGGGCCUCUCCUCUUUUCUCUUCUUUUCUUUGUUCUUUUGACCCUGGGCUACACAGCAGCCCUAGAGCCUCAUUUCUUCAUCCGCAUCUUCCUAUUCUUGCUAGGAGAAGUAACUCUCAUGUAUUAGCAUUUUAAAAUUCUAAACAGAAAGAAAACAAGUGACAAGGAAAAGAUGUAUAGCCUUUUGUCAAGAUGCAUCACAACCUAGACAAGUGCAGAAGCUCCCUGGGCCUUAGCUGGGGGGUUCCUCUGUACUGCCUAAUGGUCCUACCCUAUUGGAAAGAAGGCAUGAGGUUUCCCCAGACAGUACAGCCAAGUCAGCCACCUGCCACCCACCCUGGGCGGGGGGAGCUGAGGAAGCCAUCAGCUCCCAAGUAGGGGCUCCUCCAACACCUGGCUAUUGUCACUAUACUUACACAGCUUAUUACACUUGUCUUUUGGCUCAUUCAUGAGAGGCUGGUUUUCCAGCCAUCUCUAUGGUGGCACUGAGAGGUCAAGCUGCUGUUUCUCCCAAUCAGUGGUCACAGCAGCGAAGUGACUUCCUUGAUGUAUUACACUGUCAGAAAUCACCUAGGAGCCAGCAGAUAGGUGUCAGUAGGAGUUACGUUAAGUGUCUUCUUGAUGAGGACUGAAUACAGCAUGUUCUGUACAGACAGCCUCUUCCUCACCUGGGGAAUACAUUAGACUCCCUCGGGGCCUUUUGAAAAAUGCAGAUGUCUGGAGACUUAACUGUGAGUCUGCAGAGAGGCCUGCUGUGUGUAUGUUUAGAAGCUGCACAGGUGAUUACAGUUAUCUGUCAGUAUCCACAGGAGACUGCUUCCAGGACCACACACACCCCAUGCAAAUACUCUGUCUCUUCUGUAAAGUGGCACAGUGUGUGUAAAUAAUCCAAGCACAUUCUUUAGUUGACUCUGAAUACCUCUAUGUAUAGUGCCUCAUAUGAUGUAAAUACUACAUAAAUAGUUGAGUUGUUUUGUUGGUUUUGUUUUUUGGUAGUGGUUUUGUUUUGUUUUAAGACAGUCUCACUAUGUAGUCCAGGCUGACCUUGAAUUCAUAACCCAAGAUGGAUUCACAACUACUGACAUUACAGGCGUGCACUUCCGUACCUCGAAAUAAAUAGUUGUUACACUGGGUGGCUUAGGGACUAAUCACAAUUGGGAAACCAGUCUUAUGUGUUCAGACAGACCCAGGCCCUUCCCCACCUCCCAAAUAUUGUUACUGUCUUUGGUUGAAACCACACUUGUGUGACGCACAGAUACAGAGGACCAACUGUAGAAUGCUAUCACCCCUUGCAAUGAAAAGAGAAAGGACUUUA